AGAAUAGACAUUGGAUGAGCUGUUGAAAUGGAAGUUCUUAGAUUUCGAUGAAAAAAAAUCAGGUAAAAAAGAUGGAUCAGCCUGAGAUCCACAUUCCACAAACUGAAGUUACACUAGGCAAUAAUUGUGUGAUGCAGUCAAUGGCUGAACUUCUUGACCAUCAUCAGUACAGUCAUAAGCAAAGCAAGGAAGAUAACUCGUCUGAGGCUUUGGAUAGUGAACAAUCAAGUGAUGAAGAGAUCAAUGGCCAUGAUCUGAUGAUCUGUGUCAAGGAGUCUAACCAUAAAACUGCCAUCGAUCAAAUAUAUGAAGCUUUAGAUGCUGCUCCAGUUGAAGACAUGGAGGCCCGUCUUAUGUUUCCUAAACGUUUGGGAAUGUUUGGAAAGUUGCAGGAGGUGCUUCAGGUUGAAAAGGAAAGGGACCUGUAUUUCUCUAAUGGCUUACAGGCAGGCGCUAUAUCAGAUGCAGGUUGCAUUGAUGUGAAAAUUUUAUCGAGGAGUCUGGAAGCAAAACUAUCUGUUUGUUCAUGUUCUACAAGUUUAUACAAAAACGUCGAGCAUAUUGAGAGGUCUGAAGAUUCAAAGCCUAGAAAGGAGGCUGAUAAGAGGACUUUAACAAUCAUCUUCAACUCAAGAGUGUGCAAUGAUGUAGAGCUUGAAAUUGGGAGUUCUAUCCGCAUUCACCCCCCAUGGAGAGAAGUUCAAAUUCCAGAGAAAGGAGAGAUGGUCAUUAUGUCGACAUAUUUCUCGAGGUUGUCAUCGGAUUAAAUUGCAUAGUAAAAGCACAGGCAAGAUAAUUUAAUCUUUCUUUCUUUUAUAACCUUUCCUAAUUGUUGAUGUGUUUUUGCUUUCUAUAUAUGGUUAUAGACUUGGUCUCAUCUUGUUGACCGAUCUUACACCAUAUAUAU